GAGUUGUGUUUGUGUGCUAUUUGUGUACUCAAGUAGUCUGCUGAUAAGACGGAGAACUGUUACCGACAUUCAUUGAGACCUGGAAAUUGGGUUUUAAAGCUUAGACAAAAGUCUGACAAAAAGUGAAGUACAUAUUCAGAUACCAUGGCUCUCGUGGAGAAAGCUUUAAUGAGAAUAGUGAAGCAGCGCGUCCUGCGUGGACAUGAGGACGCCGUCCAGUCCUGUCAGUACUGCUGCGAUGACCAGAAGAUCCUGACCGCGUCCUUCGACAAGAUGGUCAAACUGUGGGGUGUGGAGCAGGGGGAGGUGGCGCACUCUUUUGAGGCUCACACUCACCAUGUGAACCAAGCAAGAAUGAGUCCUGAUAACAAGAAAAUGGUAUCAGGAGGCUGGGAUAAGAAGAUGCAUGUUUGGGAUGUGGAGACAGGAAGAGUUCUGUGGACAGCUGACCACCCUGGCAUAGUGACCAGUGUCAGUUUCUCCAAGGAUGGCAAGUCCAUCGUCUCUUCCUCAGACCUGGAGUAUAACAUCAGAGUGUGGGAUGCGGAGGAGGGAAGGAUGAUCAGUGAGAUCAAAGGAGCCCAUGCCAGUGCAGUGACCAGUUGUAACUUCACACCAAGAGAUGACCGCCUGACCACCACUUCCAUGGACAUGACGUCCAAAUUCUGGGAUCUCAAAUCACAAAAGUGCACCCUGACACUGAGAGGUCACAUCAAUAUCAUCUCAGAUUGCAGUAUAACAGCAGAUGAGAGACGUUUUGCUACUGCAUCAUGGGAUAAGACUAUUGCAUUGUGGGAUAUUGCCACAGGGUCGUACAGAUCCCAGGGUGCCACAUACCUGAAGAAAUCUCAUGAGGGCAGCAUCAGUUCUGUAGCAUUUAGUCCAGAUGGCUCCAUGUUGGUAUCUGGUGGCUAUGAUAUGAAUAUGGUGGUGUGGGAUGCAGAUAACUGUGCUCAGAAACUAAAACUUCAGGGCCAUGAAAGUUGGAUAGAAGAUUUGUGCUGGAGUCAGGAUCAGAACUGGAUCAUGUCCUGUUCAAAGGACCACACAGUGAGAUUAUGGAAUGUAGAAGACUCAGAUGAGCUGCCUGUAGUGAUGGAAAACAAGAGAACCAUUGGAGUCAAAAUAAUCACGUGCACGGAGUGCGGGAAGCCAUUUUCUAUGAUGCAGGCCGAAGACGCCAAGAGCAAAAAGUGUGUUUUCUGUCGAAUGCAGAAGAGGGACUAUUUUGUACCAACCACAGAAGACCAGGAGUUGUCCUCUGGUGAUGAGGCUCCUGAAGGAUGA